GGGUGCUAUAAAUGUAUUGCCCCUUAUAGCCUGCAUAGGGCCGGUAUACUGAGGCAGAGCCUGUGGGUUAUAGUGAGACGGCUUAGGGACAUGGGGGUUCCGGGGCGCUAUUGCUACUUCCCCCUGAGUAGAAGCCGGAUAUGGGCAGGAGGCUUGCCUUGCUCCUUCAGCAUCAGUGCCCCCUGGGAUUGCGGCUGGGACCCUUCAGCAAUGGAUGGGAUCGGGUACACAGAUAUUGGCAAUGGAAGCUCGCACGUUAUUGCCACCUGUUUCCGAGGUCAUGAAUAUCCUAUGCAAAGACCACCUGUACCUGUUGGGGAGAAAGUCGAUCCUGUUACAUUCUGGCUCUCUCAUCCAUUAGACGUUAUACAUGAACACUGUGAUUUAAUUAAAGUCUAUAUUUUGUGGCCAGUCCUUAAGGCAGAUGCAUCUCCAGUGUACAAAGGACCAUGGGUUGAUCAUGAUGGUUCUGGCCUGUGUAUUCAAGAACUAAACUUCGUUGAGAUGUUAGAAGAUCUCCUGGAUGUAGUAAAGAAAGUGGCGCAUGAGCGACGGUUUAUAGAGGGCUUAUUAAAGAUUGCGAAGACAAUGGAAAUGGUUCAGUUAAAUUAUCAGCAUCUAUCAGAAGCAAUGAGCUGGCUGAGAUCGACAGGGGAACUACAAAUUUGCAAGAAACUGGAAGAACAAGAUAAUUUAAGCCUCUUUCCUCUGCAGAUAUUAUUUAUUGACUAUGCACAUUACAUAAACAGUAUGGCUGACCAGAGGUGCAGUUUAUCCUUUAUGUGGAAAAAAAAACAUAUUUGUGACUGCUGUGCUGUGGAGUCAGAAGGUAUGAAGCAACGUGGUAAUGAAGAGUUUUCUAAAUCAAAUUUUUGCUUGGCUGCUGAUCUGUAUUCUAAAGCCAUAGAAUAUAGUCCUGAUAAUCAUCUUCUAUUUGGCAACAGAUCUCUCUGCUUCUUGCGUAUGGGCGAAUACAUGAAUGCUCUGUCUGAUGGCAAGAAGGCUACAGUUCUCAAGCAUAAAUGGCCAAAGGGUCACUACCGUUUCUGUGAAGCCCUGUUUCUUAUGGGAGAGCGAGAGCGAGCGCUUGCUUCCAACGAGAAGGCUCAGCUGCUUUGCAAGGACAGCCCUGAAGGCAUCAGAGACUUAAUUCAGCAACAAACAAAGAUCAAGAGAAAAAUAGAGGAGAUGAAAGAUGGAAAGCAUCGGAGAUCUACUAACAAAAAGUUUAUCCGUGACAAAAAGAUUGCACCCUAUUCGGGUCCCAUGUCAGUCUUGAAGGAAAAAAAGAAAAUACCAUCUAGUAAUAAAGAAGAUAUCCCCAAUAAGGAAAGUGAUGGGGCCACUUUAGAAAAUAAGGACAUUAUUUCUGAUAAUGUAACUGGGCAAAAUCAGAAGAAGGGCAAAUCAAAGGGGAAAGGGGGAGAAUCUGAAAAAUUAAGGGUAUCUAAUGCAAAGUCUGAUCCUAAGGAAAACCAGAAGGAUGUAUCAUGUAAUUAUUCACAGAUGGAUCUAUCAACUCUGCAAGACAUGGUUAAGUCGUUAGUGCGCGAUGGGUGUGAGGCGCUUGCAGACAGCCGGUGCCAUAAUGCACUAGGAUAUUUUUCUAAAUUGUUGGAUAUCUUGGCUGCAUCUGACCUCCAGAGAUUCUAUCUAUCUAAUAUAGACUAUGUGGUGCUCCUCUACGGCUAUGCUAAUGCACUGCUUGGCACUGGGCAAUGUGAGGAGCUGACCAAAGCUGAAGACCAGCUGAAGAAAAUUAUAACUCAGUUCACCAAAGAGAGGUUUAACUGCUUGGCUUUUUAUGGCAUCGGCAAUGUAUAUUAUAGGCAAAAUAGAUUUUCUGAUGCAUUAAAUCAGUACGUCAAAUCACAUACUAUGGUAAAGCUCAAGAUGAUGCCAGGGAUUCUAACGUGGCCGACUACACCUAUAGUCCUUGAAGAGUCAAGGCCUGAAAAACUGCAGUCACUUUUAGAAAACCGUAUAGAAGAAUGCAAGUUUCCUCCAAAGCCAGAUGCCAUUUGUCGGUAUAAGCAAUGCCUUAGUUUGCCAAAACCGCAGAUAUAUUUUACGGAUCCUGAUUUCAAGGGUUUUAUCCGUGUGAUAUGUUGCCUGUCAUGUAAAGUGGAGUUCCAUGUUUGCUGCUGGAAGAAGCUGAAGGCCAACAACUAUUCCGAUAAAGCUGACAGGGAUUUUCUAACUAUCUCUUGUUUUACACCUGACUGUAAAGGCAAAAUCUCUAAUAUAAUUAUUUAUGACUCCACUGGACUUGUAAAACGUGAGUUUGCAGAUAAGUCUGUUAAGAAGAAAGAACCACAAAGGCCAACAGUUAAGAAUAAAGGAAGUAGCAAUAAGAAGUUAAAGAUUAAGCCUGAGAGUAAAACACAAGCAAAGAAGACCUCACCUGAAGAGAACAGGAGCUUGAUACACAAUGAGAAAUCACAGAAGCAGCAAGAAAAUAUCUCCUCUAACCAACGGAAUAAUAUAUGUAAUAACCGUUAUAGUGUAGCACCUCAUGAUUUAAUGAUGACGCUUAUAUUGAAUAAGGAGGAGGUUUUUAAAACAGGAGUGGAGAGCACCAAAGCAUUGUGCAACUCAUUAAUCUCAUGGAAUGUUAUAAGUCAGGAAGAACUUGAUGGUUUUUCCUUUGAAACAACAUGUAGAUCGUCUUCUGAUGAAAUGGCAGUCCUGCUCGCUCAUCUGUGCAGCUUAAAUAAUAGAGUAAAGACAAGAAUAUUCCUCUACCUGCUGGAAGAUUAUCCUUUAACUUUAGAACUGCCUGCAUUUAUAAAGAUGAUUAGAGAUACGGGUCAUCGGGCAGCAAAGAAGUUCCAAGAGAUAAACAGCAGCCUCCUGAAAGAGCUUAAUUUCGAGUUGCUAGCCGGUCGGUGGAACGAAACCUACGGAAAACUUUUAAACUUCUUCAUGUCUAUAUCUGUGGAAACAGCUGAGAAACUAAGUCAAGCAAAUAUCCAAAUAUUCCGCUGCUUCAUAUGGUUUCUAGACGACAAUAGAUAUGUCCCCAUGCCUGCCGGGCUGGAUAAAUAUUUAGAUAAAUAUUUUAUAGAUAUGGAUAUACCAUAUUCCAAAAAUGAUGUGCUCGACUCUGUUAAUAAAGACCCUAUAGAAGCCCCUUGUUGCAUCAAUAUACGAAUGAAGUCAGAUGAAGAGCAGCCUACUAAAUGUAUCAAGGUUAAGAACAAACACAAGAAAAAGAAGCAAAAUCAGCCCAAGACUUUGUAUAAGGUUUCUGGUGCAGUAAGUACCAGGCCUCCAGAAGAUGACAUUUUUACAGAAGAAAAUACUCUAAGCCUGUUGGAUCCUUAUGAACCCUUUAUAAUCCCAGAAUAUUUGCGUCCUGAUGUGGAAGAAUUUGAAACCCUUUAUGAUCCCACUCCUGGCGGAUACCGGUUACCAUGGCAACCUGAUAAUGCCAUGCAAGAAACCCUCUAUGAAUAUUUUUCUGAGAUCCUGGAAGAGCAUGGGCCUUUGGAACUGGAUGAUGACAUUCUGAUUGGGACAUUUAAGGAGUUCCCAGAGGAGGCACACCAGCUGGUACAGGAGGCCGGCAGCCUAAAGGACUUCCUUCUGCAAUCAACUAAGUUUGUCAUGGUGGGAAAGCUCCUGGGACUGCGCCCUCACAAAGUUAUAUUGGAAGAAGCAUCCGGAAAAGCCAAACUCAACCCAACCGCUAAAGAAUUCCAGCCUUCAUCUAAUAAUCCUUUUGAUUCAAUAAUAAGCGAGACUUUGGAAAUAAGUCCUGAAUACAAUCCACUUGAGCCAUCCAAUCCCUUUGUUUUACUGCCCAAUCAAAGCCCAGUUUUUAAUGGCAAUUGUAUAGUCCCUUGUCUUCCGCUGUAUGGACUGAAUCCUUUGCCUGUAGUUUCUGUAGGGCACCCAUUUAUACCUGGUCUCGGCAUUGGAAUGCAGCCUACGAUAACAGUUAAUAGUGCUGUUAUGUGUAAUUUAGGCGUGCCGCUUCCUAAUAGAGCAAAGGAGCCAGAGCAGUCAAGUCCAAUAAUGCAUAACACUUUGACUGGGAAUUUGAAUCCCAAAAAUGACACUGCAUCAGAGACCACCAUGACCCAGACUGUUCCUUUAAGAAGAAAUAUUCACACCGGGGUAGUGUCAGUACAGGUAGACAGAGACUUAUCUGAGCAAGAAGUAAAUACUGAGCCUUAUUAUCCUUUUGAAGUGCAGCAGGGAGAUAUCCUACGGAUAGAGAAAGAGCAUCUCGUUCUACAGGAGCAGCUAAAAGAAGCAACAGAGAAGUAUGAGAAUCUGCAGGGCCGCUACAAGGAGGAAAUCGCUGGGUUGCAUAAGCAAAUUAGGGAAACGGCUGACAAUAAUAAGAUUAUAAAGAAAGAACUUGAAAUGUUUAACCACGAGAUGGAUAACGACACCAAAAAAUGGCAACUAGAGAAAAAAGAGUAUCAUGAUAAGCUGAGAGUGGUAAAGAGCGGCAUUAAGGCGGCAAAUGAAACUGUCGAUAAGUAUUCAAGGGAGAUUGAAGAAAAGAAACAACAGUAUGAAGCAUACAUAGAGACAUUCGUACAGUCUGGUUUUAAUAUUGAAAAUGAAAAGGCAAAGUUGGAAAAGCAUAUUAAAAGCAACGAGGAUAAGCUCCAGGAAAGCAAGAAGAGAGCUAUGACUGCUGAGGUCCACUUCCUUGAGAACAAAAAACAGACUGAUUUAUUAAAGCUGAGGAUUAUGGCUGCAAAGGUGGAACACAGCGCCAACAAGUUAAAAGCCAAUGGCUCUGCCACACCUUUUGCACAAAAAAGCAUAGCGGAUUUAUCCCCCUCUUAUCUAAAAUCUGAAAGUGAGAAAAUAAAGUCCCAGUUUGAUGAGAAGAUUAAAUUAGUGGAAAGUGGAUAUAAGUUGGCAAAUAUACAAGCAAACAAUCUGGCAGCUCCAUUCAAUGCAUCUGCUUUUCAAACACCUCUGCUGCCCCCUUCUCCCACCCCCAAGCUCCCUACAACCAAACCCAGCACCCCGCUGCCAGCUUCCAGUUCUGCACCUCCAGCUUCCCUCAAGUCCCCAUUAAAGCCGACUCGCGAAACCAAGAAAAGCAAAUCUAAAGAUAUUAAUAAGGAUCCGAAACCACCACCUCCUGCAAUUAAUCCAAAGGCCACGGCAUUAGCAGGGAAGGGCCCGGGAGCACCCGUCAUGGAGAAGAAAGGAAAGCCCAACUUAGAGGCACAACAUCAGUCUCCCGGAAAGCCGACUGCGUUUGAUAAGAUUAUUGAGGAGCUGCAUGAGAUUUUUCCUGACUACAAAAGUGCGGAGCUUACCAACUUCAUCAAGGAGCUGCGCAAUAAGACUGGCGGAACACUGGCUGGCAUGAAGCACGAUGACAUUGUUAGCAGGGUGACUGAGUAUAUACUGGACUCCCAGGAUAAGGCCCCCCCACAGGCACCUUGGGUACAAGCAAGUGGCAAUGUAUAUCCUUCAGCAGUGAAACCCCAGGCCCCAUCGCCCCAGCCCAAACAGCCCUGGAGAGUGGUCACUGGUCCCUCCAAGAACAAGUGGCAGAAGUCUGAUGAUACAGAGUGCUAUAAUGAUGAGCCGUGCAUUAUCUGCCAUGAUGAGCUGCAACAGUAUCCGGUGCAGAAGCUGGACUGUGGGCACUGCUUCCAUAGACACUGCAUAAAGACCUGGCUGAACACACAGAGCACCUGCCCGACCUGCAGAGAUCACGCUCUCCUUCCUGAGGACUUCCCGGCCCUUUCUGGGCGCAUAAGAACCACCUAGCACCCUCUCAUUCUGCUUAUUAUUAUUAUACUUUGAGGUAGAAUAGACAUUUAUCUUAUAUUCAUUUUUGCAUUUUCAUAUGUUGUGGU